CCAAAGUCCUUUCUUCCAAUAAGUAUAAUUAAGUUUCAAUUAAUCAUUUUGGAGCUAAAAAAGUAUACAGACUAAGUAUGUCCUUACAUUACUGUAUUUUAUUGAUUUUUCUGGGUCUAUAACAAGUAUGUUAGAAAUUCUUUGCUCAAUUUUCUGUGCUGCAAUUGGUUUUUAUAGAAAGUCACUUUGUGAUGUUCUUGAAAAUAUUAUUAACCCUAAAACAAUUUACCCUAAAACAUUUUAAUACAUUAGUAUCUCACACUCUCAUUGUGAGUCAUAUCUAUAUAUACUUAAACACAAAUCUACAUAAUCUAGUAAUUUCAAUGCAAUCAAUCCUAAACCAUGUUUCAGAUAUAAUAUAUAUUUUUCACUAUCUCUUAUGUAUUUUCACUUCCUCUGCAUUUUAUAGGUAACACAAAUUAUUGCCUAAAUUAUAACAGUUCUUUGUCUAUGUUAACACAAAUUAAUGAUUGCAUCUAAAAAUGGCAACACUUAUAUCUUGCACUAAUGGGCUGGAUCCAAAUACGUUUGUGUUUGUUAAUGUCUGUUGCAAAUGGGUCAAGUAUAAAUAAUGGUGGAGUGCAGUGAUUCAAACUUUAUAGAACAGUUUAAUAUUAUUUCUGUUAUCCAAGUUCAAAGAAAAUCACAAAAAAUGAAUGGUAAAUUCCAGGGGACAUUAAAAUUAUUCAGGAUAGGCUCCUUUAUUCUUCCAAAUACUUCUCAUUCUUGGGAAGAGAAAUAUUAUUGCUUGUGAUCUGUGCAGAUUUAGCAGAAAUAAGAUGCUGUUUAUGAUGGUUUCACUAAAUGGUGUAGUAUUAAGUUCAGACUCUAAGUGUCGCUGUUCACUAACUGGGUAAGGAAAGCAAAGAAAACCCGAGUUAAUAGCCUCCAAGCACAAAGCAGAUCAGACACGGAAACUCUCCAGGUGCUCAGAAAUUCUGACCUAAAACUCAACGCAUCUGAUCUCUGCUUGUUUAUGGACCUCGACCUCUAAUUCUGAGAAGCCUGAAAGCGAUGCGAAUCUGUUCCACCUACUCAUAGUCCCAGGAAAGUCAAGAAGCAGCCAGUAAUGGCGGCUCUGCAAAGGCGCCGGCACCACAGCGGGUUAGUGGUACUCUUCCUGCUCCUGGGGAGGCUGUGUGGGGUUGGGGCCGGACACAUCCGUUACUCCGUUCCUGAGGAGCUGGACAAAGGCUCCUUCGUGGGUAACAUCGCCAGUGAUCUCGGGCUGGAGCCCCAGGAGCUGACGGAGCGCGGAGCCCGCAUCGUCUCCAGAGGUAGGACGCAGCUUUUUGCUCUGAACCCGGGGAGCGGCAGCUUGGUCACCGCGGGCAGGAUAGACCGGGAGGAGCUCUGCGCUCAGAGCGCGCGGUGCCUGGUGAGUUUUAACAUCCUCUUUGAGGAUAAGCUGAAUCUUUAUCCAGUAGAAGUGGAAAUAAUAGAUAUUAAUGAUAAUGCACCCGUAUUCUCAAGUGAAGAACUAGAGGUGAAAAUUCCCGAAAAUGCAGCUCCAUCCUCUCGUUUUCCACUAAUAGAAGUCUAUGACCCUGAUGUGGGAAUGAACAAUCUUCAGAGCUUCAAGCUCAGUGCAAAUAGUCACUUCUCAGUGAACGUGCAAAGUGAAGCCAAUGGGCGCAAAUACCCAGAGCUGGUGCUGGAGAAUGCCCUGGACCGGGAGGGAGAGGCCAUCCACCGCCUGGUCCUUACUGCCAUAGAUGGUGGUGUCCCUGCCCGCUCAGGCAUGGCACGGAUUCUGGUAACUGUCCUCGAUGUCAAUGACAAUGCUCCAGUGUUUACUCAACCUGUCUACCAUGUGAGUGUUCCUGAAAAUCUGCCAGUAGGUACACCAGUGCUGUCGGUAAAUGCCACAGACCAGGAUGAAGGAGUCCAUGCAGAAGUAACAUAUUCCUUCGUGAAGAUAACAGAAAAGAUUUCAAAGAUUUUCUGUCUGAAUGUUUUGACUGGAGAGAUAUCGACUUCUGCAAAUCUAGACUACGAGGACUCAAGCUUUUAUGAGCUAGAUGUUGAGGCCCGGGAUCAGCCAGGUUUACAAGACAGAGCAAAGGUCUUAAUAACUAUUUUGGAUGUGAAUGACAAUAUACCAGAAGUGGUAGUUACAUCUGGAAGCAGAUCAGUUGCGGAAAGUACACCUCCAGGGACGGUAAUAGCUCUUUUUCAAGUACACGAUCGAGACUCAGGACUGAAUGGCCUGGUAACAUGUUCCAUCUCAAAAGGUCUGCCAUUUCAACUGGAAAAGUCAGUAGACAAUUAUUACCGAUUGGUGACCAAUAAAGUGCUAGAUCGAGAGCAGGUGCCCUUGUACAACAUCACUGUGAUGGCCAUGGACAAAGGAAUGCCACCACUGUCUACAGAAAUGCUCAUCACCCUAAAUGUAGCAGACACCAAUGACAACCCACCAGCCUUUUCCCACUCCUCUUACUCUGUCUACGUCCCUGAAAACAAUCCCAGAGGUGCCUCCAUCUUCUCCUUGACUGCACAUGACCCUGACAGUGAUGAAAAUGCCCAGGUCACCUACACCCUGGUUGAAGAUACCAUUCAGGGUGUACCUCUGUCUUCCUAUGUCUCCAUCAACUCUGACACCGGAGUCCUAUAUGCACUAUGCUCCUUUAAUUAUGAGCAGUUCCGCGACCUGGAAUUAACAGUGACUGCUCAUGACAGUGGGGACCCUCCACUCAGCAGCAAUGUGUCACUGAGCAUAUUUGUGCUGGACCAGAAUGACAACACACCUGAGAUCCUGUACCCUGCCUUCCCCACAGAUGGCUCCACAGGCGUGGAACUGGCACCCCGCUCUGCAGAGCCUGGCUACCUGGUGACCAAGGUGGUGGCAGUGGACAGAGACUCAGGCCAGAACGCCUGGCUGUCCUACCGCCUGCUCAAGGCCAGCGAGCCAGGGCUUUUCUCAGUGGGGCUGCACACAGGUGAGGUGCGCACAGCGCGGGCCCUGCUGGACAGAGAUGCGCUCAAGCAGAGCCUAGUGGUGGUGGUCCAGGACCAUGGCCGGCCACCCCUCUCAGCCACUGUGACACUUACUGUGGCUGUGGCGGACAGCAUCCCAGAUGUCCUGGCUGACCUGAGCAGCCUCCAGCCCUCAGCUGACCCCGAAGAUUCUGACCUUACCUUGUACCUGGUGGUGGCGGUGGCCGUGGUCUCUUGCAUCUUUCUUGCCUUUGUCAUCAUGCUGAUGGCGCUCAGACUCAGGCGCUGGCAUACUUCACGCCUGCUCCACGCUUCAGGAGUCGGAUUGGCUGGGGUGCCCACCUCACACUUUGUGGGCGUGGACGGGUGCGGGCUUUCCUGCAGACCUAUUCGCAUGAGGUCUCCCUCACUGCAGACUCAAGGAAGAGUCACCUGAUCUUCCCUCAGCCCAACUAUGCGGACACGCUCAUCAGCCAGGAGAGCU